CAGUCAAGCAUGGCGUUUGUGUACAGCGUUAGUGCGUUGUUGUCAAUUUUAGUUUCAAUAUUCCAGUUUUGAUGUUAUUUUACCGAUUUCGAAAGGAAUAUUCAGGUAUAUUUGUACCCCUAUUUCGUGUAAAUACAUAAAGCAAGUGCCUGAAUUGCUUUUGAUGAAUGCAAUUUGCCAAUAUUUUCUGUUGAAAUUAUGACCUUGAAACGUCGUGCCAGCCCAACAUAAAUUCCAUUGGCGGCGCGUUUGAAAUUCAUAUUCUGGAUCUGUAAGGGGAAUUAUUUAAACAUUUACUAUGGAUAAGUCUGGAAGGAUCAGAGAAGCAACUCUGGAUGUAGUUAUCGAGGAUAAUCCAGGUUCACCUCAAUAUAUGAUACAAAGAGUCCCUGGAAACGCCCAAAUCCUCACUUCAGAAUUAUUGCAACAGCAACAUGGACUUGUGGUUGAUCUUGGAGGAAAUGAUUUCAUUCCAGUUAGCUAUUCCUCUGAGGAUUUGCUCUCACAGGAUUUGACUGAAGAGGAUAGAAAUCUAGCUGCAGCCUUGGUGGCUGUACAACUUAGCCAACAGCAAAAACAACAACAAAUCCAAGAUAGCACUUUGCCAUCUCUUGUUGCAGGAGCUGAUCAGCAAUUGAUAAUCAGUGAAAAGGCAGGUGGCCAGAGUUUUUUACGCAUUGUGAACUCGGAUAAUAUUUAUGUUGAACAACAUUCUUUACCGAAGAUCGUUGAAAGUGUUAAAUUUGCUGAAACUGAACAGCAACUGCAGGAGGAAGAAGAUGAAAUGCAAAAGAUCUCUACUUCCAAUAUAAAACAGGAAGAAGAAAAAAUCGAUUCAGAUGGAGAAACUUUCAGGAAUGAACAACGUAGUGCGAAGAAAAGUUUACCGCAUAAAAAGCGCAUUUCGAAGAAGCUCACCAAAAAGAGUGCCGCUAUGUCUGUCAAACAAAUCGUUUGUAACCUGUGCGAACAGGCAUUCGAUUCCAAUGAUGAGUUUGCGCAGCACGAGCUUUUAUGCCAAACCACAAUCACUCCUGUCCACCAGGCACCAAAUGCAUUCAAUUGCCAGAUUUGUAAUGAACCAUUUACUGAACAGUUGAAGUUUUUCGAACAUCUGAAGAGACAUUAUGAGCCGGGUGGGGGUGGCUUGCCGACGAAGCCCCCCAAACAGACCCCGGAAAAGAAAGCGUCGCCUGAAAAGGUCCCACCAGCCGACAGCGAGAGACAGGAAAGCUUACUAUCCAGCUUACUGAAUUUGACGUGCAUCGAAUGCAACAAAACGUUCAGGAGACAGAAGACCUUUGAAGCUCAUAUGAGGGAUAUACAUACUAGUAAAAACGAGCCAUUAGAUGAAUUUAGUGAACCUGAAGAUCUUAUGGAAGGUAUAAAUGUUGUGGUGGAAACAAAUGAACCCCCUGACGACGAAGAUGACUCAAAGGCUUGGUACAGAGAAGAAGAGCUCCAUCAGACAGAAGAAGACUUGAAAGAACUGGAGGCCGGGACCGAUCAUGUGUGUCAUUUAUGUAACCAGCCAUUUCCGCUCAGGGCAAUUUUACUUCAGCAUCUUGUUACAUGUAGAACGACUACCGGAAAUACAGAAUCGGCUCCGUUGGCGGUGGUGAAGAAAAUCAACAAGAAGAAUAAGAAGAAAUCGUCGCACGAGUGCAACGAAUGCGAGCGCGUCUUCACCCACAAGAACUCGCUCGUCUACCACAUGCGCAGCCACACCGGCAUCCGGCCGCAUCAAUGCGACCAGUGCGGCAAGAGCUUUUUCGCCUCGAGCGCCUUGAAGGUCCACCUGCGACUCCAUUCCGGCGACAAGCCGUACAGCUGCGAGCACUGCGGCAAACGGUUCAGACAGUGGGGCGACCUCAAGUACCACAUCACGUCGCUGCAUUCGGCCGAGAAGAACUUCCAGUGCGAGUACUGCGGCAAGGAGUUCGCCAGGAAGUAUUCGCUGGUCGUCCAUCGUAGAAUACAUACGGGCGAGCGCAACUACAAGUGCGAGUUCUGCGGCAAGACGUUCCGCGCUUCCUCCUACCUGCAGAACCACCGCAAGAUCCACACCGGCGAGAAGCCGCACUCUUGUGGCGUGUGCGGCAAGCCGUUCCGCGUGCGGUCGGACAUGAAGCGCCACCAGCGGACGCACAUGAAGGGGCCCGGCGGAGCGAAGCUGUCGCGGUCGCUGUCGAAGGUGGAGAAGCACGAGGUGGUGGAAGAGGAGGUGGAGGAGGAGGAGCUGAGCAGCGAGCUGCACAUCGAGGACGAGGAGGCGGCCGGCCAGCUGCUCACCGAGUACGCCGAGGAGGAGAUCGACGGCGAGCGGACGGUCAGGCUGCCGACCAGCCGGAACGUGUACAUCAAUGGUCACGAACUAUUUUUAGUGACUUACCCCAACGAGAUAAGAACUGCAGAUCCUCAACAAACUGCUACUUCUACUUGGGUUCAUGCCUCAAAUGCAUGAGGACCUCAAUGACAUUUUUAUUAAUUGAUUCAUUUCUCAAAUUUUAGAUUGAAAUAUUAGCAAUAGUAUGUAGAUUGUAUGUAAUACAAUAAGCACUUUCAUUUAAUGUAUAUAAUAUAUAAAUAUCUUAUUUCUUAUG